AUGAGAGCCAAUAUUGCUUGGUUGAAGAAGCUUAGACUGAGACGACGCCGGAAGCACACCAAGUUAACUGACUUACCUUACGAAAUCCUCGUCAACAUCCUUUCGAGACUGCCUUUAAAGUCACUUCAUCACAUUCGACGUUUGUCCAAGAUCAUGAAGAACAUAGUUGACGGCCAGUCUUUCGUUACACUUCACACGCGGUUACUUACUGCUACCAAUGCUGUUGCUGAAGUACCUCAACUUAUACUUAUUCAUAACAUCGGCAUGGCUUCUUUAGCGGCAGUACAAUUAUUCGAAUACGAUGGCAACUCCUCCUUGAAAGAGAGAAAACAUGCAAUUGUCUCAGAGAUUGGAUUCGACGGUUUCAACGCUCGGAUCGUUCAACAAUUUGUUUUCUGCAACUUGUUUUGCUUUACAGUUGGGAACUUCUGCAUCUUAUUUGAUCCUUUUAAGGGACAAGUUUUACCACUCCCGAUGAGUGACGUCCAAGUUCCCGUAGAACACCGUUAUGAUGUGUACGGUAUGGGAUUUGAUGAUUUAACCAGCACCCAUAAAAUUAUUCGUGUUUCUGCAGAUAUGCAGAACAAUAUCGUGGCCCAAGUUCUUGUCUUGGGCACAAGCUCGUGGCGGAAGAUACGCUCAGUUCCUCCUUAUGAUUUAAGCUCAACAAAUUUAUUUGCAAACGGAGAUAUGCAUUGGUUGCUUCAACGGAUCGACAAUUACUUUAACUAA